AUGUUGUUCUCGCACCGUGUUGACCUUCGAACGGUUGAAGUGCUCAGCCUGAGUGCACUGCACAGCAUAUCACACGGAGCUUCCUGCCCCGGACACGUCUACCUUGAGAACGGAUGCGAAAUAGUGCCCCUGAAGCGGGGGAGCAGCCGGGAGAGCGACUACUCCCUGAUGCUGCUGGACAUCCAGGCAGACUUCUCGGACUUUCUGAUCGAAGAGAAGAACAUCAUCAGUGAUGAGAAGCUAGUUAACCCGGAGGGGAACAUAUUCAAUGUACAGAAAAGACAGUACACACAAAAGCAAAAGACAGCGGGAUUAACAGAGCGGGAAAAGUAUGUGCACGAAAUUGACCAUCUAUGGGCCUACAUGGAAUGGCACUACAACUUCGAGGACGAGAUAAAGGUGCAGAAGAGCAUAGUGACCGAUGUAGGGAAAUUGAGGAAGGUCCCCAGAUUAUACGUAUCGGCCCAUAUAAUAGAAGGGAUGAUACAUGAAAUGUCGAAGAAUGAAAACAUAUGCAUGCUGAAGUAUACUACAUAUCCAAGCUUUUACAACAAGUAUGGCAAUGAGAUGGAAAAUGUGACGGAACAAAGGGAGAGUAGCAUUUACAAUCGGUGCAACUACAUCUAUGAAGUUUGCGAUGUUGCGGACAAGUCGCUAGUUUUUGCCAGCAGCCCCGUAAUCAACACGACGAUUAAAAAUGUCCUCAGUAUCACCAAGAGUGGGAAAAAAAGGGAAGACUUUAAUGAAGAACAGGAGGAGAAGGAAGAUAUCGUGCAGGACGAAAUUUGGCAAAUCUAUUUAUCAAAAAGGAUUAAAUGUAUAAACGAUCAGUGGCUUUUAAUUUGUAUCAACCAGGAAGUAAAGGAUAUUAUAAAAAACUCUGGAGAAAUUUAUUUCAAGAUUUUUAAUAAGUACAUAAAAGAGUACAAUGAUUUUUUGAAAAGCCACAACUACAACACGUCGGACGAUAAAAACGACAUGCAUGGCUCCAGCAUGUUUCGGGGGCACCAUGACAGACACAACAUGUUUGAGAUGAACAAUGGUCCAAAUGAAAGCUUAAAUUCGGAAAGGCUUAAAAAGUAUCGAGUGAAUUUAAUUUUCUCGGGCAAUAAGGACAUUAACUACAUCCUGUACAAGUUGUGCCUGAACUUGGGAAAAAUUAAUGACGCCGUCCUGUGCACCAGAAAUAAGACGUAUAACAUUCUGCUCAACGAUAUUGAUGGGACGCUUGCCAUUUGCCUAAAGUCGUUUUUUUCCAAGUACUACGGUGGAAACGCGGCGGAGUGUAAGGCGGCGGGGUUGAGUAACACAGCGGCGGAGAGUAACGCGGCCGAGGACCUAGUCAAAACGCUGUCCAUCAUGGGGCUCUGCAAGGAGAAGCUCGUGCUGUCCGAGAAGGCGACCAUUUUCAGCAACAUCGAGCUGCUUUUUUCGUACUACCUGAUCGUGCACAGCGAGUCGCUGGAGGGGGGGGUCGGCCAAGACGAUGCCCCAAACCAGGACGGCGUCAUCUACCUCAGCAGGAAGGCCCUCUUCGAAAACCUGCAGUUCUCCACGGAAGAAAUCUGCAGCUACCUACUGCACAUGCAAAAGUACAGCACCAACAACUUGCUGUUCGUAAAAGGAAGGGGCUUCCGAUACGUCAAAAGCGAAAUCAUAUACGAAUUUCUCGUAAAGAUAAUCGAGCUGGUGAGUAUCCACGACGAGCUCUACGCGCAUCAUCACGUGGAGCGGGGGAGAGCAAGUAGUCUUCCCUUCAAACAAUACAAGGACGACCUGCACAAGGUGGUAAGGAAGAGGCACGGCAUCACACUGCAAAGUUUAGUCAAUCUGAUUCAGCAGAACGAGACGGAAUUUGCCUUCUUAAAAAACAACAAAAUUGCAAUGGACACAUAUAUCAUCCUGCAGCUCUGCUGGAAAUGCUGCGACAUCGAGAACAAGCACUUUGACUUCUUCAGUCUGUACUACAAUUACUACUUCUUUUAUGAAUACCUGAGUAAGCCUUCUGAGGAGAUUUCCUUCGAGGGAAUAUUUAACGAUUAUCUUCAAUUCUUGGAUGAUGACAGCCAAGUGAGCGACACGGUGGUGUAUUUCAACCUCUUUAAGUUGCACAAGAUUAUGUCCUUAAACAUCCUGCGCUCCAGUGGCAAGGUCGUUAUUCACUCGGACGAAUUGUUUACCUUCGACAUGGACAUGUUCACGUAUGUUAAGUACAUCGACGAGAUGUUCCGAAAUUUUAAUUCGAAUGUGAUGGACAAAAUUAUACAAGACUUUAUCAAAUGUUACCAGUUUUUCCUGGACUGUGGUUACGAUCGUCGGGUGAGCGCCGAGAAGGCCCUGCAGAACGGUCAGGCGAACACGCACCAGGAGAAGACAUUUCAGACGAAAACACUUCAGGCGGUUGCAGCGCUGGACGCGGCCGCUCAUGCAGCAGAUGCUAUGGCCUCCGACACCACCGCAUCUGAUGUCUACAAAGACCGAGUGCUCUUCCGAAACAACACCAUCCUUAACGUUAGCAACAUCAAUCACAUUUGCAACGAUAGCUGCAUGUUUGAAUAUUUCAUUGUGGUGAAGUACUACUACACGGAUAACACCUUUUCCCUGCUCGAGAAGAAAUUGAAAAAAUUUAUCCACUCAGUGGAGGAAGACUUCUCAAGUGCGCACAUGACAUCUGCCACGGAUUAUUCUUCCUCUGGAUCUGGAACCGGGGCAGGAGGAGAGGGCCGAGGAGGGGCUCCUUCCUACCAUAUGAGGCAAAACUAUAAAGCAAACUGGAAAAAGGCCCAAAGCAACUACUCCUUGAAUUACAAAAUUUUUAAGUACCAAACGAAUUCCUUCCCACAAAUACGCCUGAGCAAUAACUACAAUGAGCUGCUCUGCUCUGUGUACACCCCCCUGGCGAUUCAUUUCUCCAUUUUUCACGAAAAUGUAAUUUACAAUAAGAAGCGGAACUCCUUUCAACUCAUCCCUUCCUUUUUGCUCAAGGAAAAUUUGCGCAGCUGCUUAACUGCUCUGUUCACCUUCAAGAAUUCCUACUUCGCCCAGGAGUUCUACCCUUUUUUGAAUCCUCUGCUAAAUAACAAGGACCUGAUCGGAACCAUCGCCGUCCCCCCGCUGCGCCACUGCAGGACCAAGCUCAUCGAACGGGAAAACGAAAAAAACGUGGAGUUCCUUGAAACGGGAAGUAUCGUCCUCUCAACGCUGAAUAGUGAUAUGAAGAGUUACACCAACUACGGUGCCCAUAGUCGGAAGUUGGUUGAGAAGCUGUGUAAGCUGUACAACUGCAACUUGCCCGUGAAUAGCUUCUCCCCUUGA